AUUCAAAUAGUCUUUGAGAAUACAAAAUCAAAUUUCAUUUUGUUCUCUAGAACUAAUUUCCCAAAUCUGGUUCAUUCCCAAAUAACAAAAAUAAACGAACCGAUGGACCAAACAGUUGUAGGUGUUUUUUGUUCCCCCGGAACAGAAGAACAUGAGGACUGUUCCAUGGUAACAGUACCAAAUAGAACCUAGGAAACUCUUUUGACAUUAUUUUUGUUUUGGUAAGACCCUUUUCUCUUGCAGGGUUUACAAAUUCUCAAAUUGCCAGGAGUGUUUUCACCCUGGGAACAGCUGCUGUUCUCCCAUUCUACACCCUCAUGGUUCUUGCUCCUAAAACAGAGCUGACCAGGAAGACCAUGGAGAGCACCAUUCCAUAUUUUGUACUUGGACUUUUGUAUACCUAUCUUCUAUAUCUCUCCUGGACACCAGAUACCAUACGGUUAAUGUUCGCAAGUAAAUAUUGGCUGCCAGAGCUCUGCAGUAUAGGAAAGAUGUUCUCCAGUGAGAUGACCUUAGCUUCUGCAUGGAUUCAUCUGUUGGCUGUCGAUCUCUUUGCAGCAAGGUGUAUCAAGAUGGACUGGAAAAUGAGAUUGAAAUUCGGCAUUCAGUUUCGCUGUGCCUACUCUUUUGCCCUGUUGGAAUUGUUACUCAUAUGUUCACAAAGUUACUGAGCAAAAACAGAAGGAAUACGGAGUAGAGUGUAGAGUGGCAAUAUAUUUGUGCAAAAUAGUGAACAGAACACUGAAGUAGAUCUUGAACAAACAAUACCUUCAUCUGAGAAUGCAAUCAGUGUUUCUUGUAAAA